UUCUCUUUAGAAGGUGCGAAUUUAAUUGAGAACUUGGAUGAGAUAAUACCAGUUCAUUAGAUUUGAAAAAAAAAAUAUUUUGCAUUAUGUGGGUUACUGUGGCCAUUAUUGUUGUUUUGGUCUGUUUAAUUUGUGGUCUGUCCAGACGACCAAAAUGUCUUCCACCAGGUCCGAGAGGCUACCCAAUCAUCGGCAACGUGGGACUCUUCAAACCUUCAGAAGCUUUGAAAGCUCACAGAAGUCUGAAGAAGAUUUAUGGAGACAUAUACUCUUUAAUGUUUUUCUACAAACCCAUGAUAAUUGUCCAUGGAUAUCACCAUAUAAGAGAAAUUCUGGUAAAACAUGGCGAUGUGUUUUCAGAGCGACCCAAAAUUCUUCCUUCUGUAGCUGUUGCAAAGGGGAAAGGAUUGCUUUGGUCAACUGGUCCAUUAUGGAAGGAACACCGAACGUUUGCUCUGACAACGAUGCGCAAGUUUGGAUUCGGGAGACGUUGUCUGGAAAGCCAGAUCAUGGAUGAAGUAGAUUGUUUAAUGGACGAAUUAGAAAAAUAUGAACAGGAGGCUUUCGAUAUACAAAGCAUUCUAAACAGCUCGGUGUCUAACGUUAUUUGCUCACUUUUAUUCGGUAAAAGAUUUAAUUACGAGGAUGCAAAAUUUAAGCGAUUAAUUUAUCUGAUAAAUAAAGUAGCCUCUACUGCAAGUGCUUCUUCAAUCCGCUUUCUUUUUCCUUGGCUUCGCCAUUUCCAAACAAGAAGGACUCGCACAGCAAUGGAGAGCAGUAAUGCCAUGACUGCAUUUGUCACAGAAAUGGUAGAAGAGCACAAAGUAAAUUUCGAUGAGAACAACAUCAAAGACUACAUCGAUGCUUACCUUCUGGAACAAAAACAAAGAGGAAAUGAAAUUAACACGACAUUUACAGAUGAACAACUUAUCGUCAGUGUACGAGACUUCUUUGCUGCUGGCACUGAAACUACUUCCACAACACUUAGAUGGGCGCUUCUAUACUUGAUUCAUUAUCCACAUUGGCAGAAAAGGCUCCAGAAAGACAUCGAUGAAGUAAUCGGUCAAGGCCAGCCUAGGAUGGAACACAGGGAACAACUGCCAAUGGUGGAUGCGUUCAUUCUUGAAAUUCAACGCCUGGCAAACAUACUUCCAUUGAGUUUGCCCCAUGCAUCUAAUGAGGAUUUUGUGUACAAUGGACAUCUCUUUCCAAAAGGGGUCAUUGUAUUUUGCGUUUUAGAUUCUGUAUUGUCGGAUCCUGAAAUUUUCCCCGAGCCUUCAAAAUUAAAACCAGAGAGGUUUUUAGACGAAAGUGGGAAAUGUCAAGGAGAACAGAAAAAUAGACUGAUACCGUUUUCAAUGGGACGCAGGGUGUGUUUAGGAGAAUCGCUUGCCAAAAUGGAGCUAUUCUUAUUCUUCACCAGAUUUCUACAAAAGUUUGAGAUAAAACCAGAGAAUUCCGAGUGUUUGCCUCCUCUGGAGGGAACCUUUGGAUUAACCCACAUGCCACAAGCCUUUAAAAUAAGACUUUCAAAACGCUAGAUCUU